UCUUCCAGAACUCAUGCAGGUUUUGAAAAUAGAGAAGUUUUGUGGUUUCUAAGGGGGUGGCUUUAGGUGUGCAGCUGCUACAUUUACUAAUAGAGAACGAAGUGACAAAGGCUGCAACUUUAGCAUUCUAUGAAGGAGAGAGCAUUAUGCAAGAACUCAGGGGCUCAUGCGCUUCUACGCCAAGCCCCUGGCUGCAAGCUGCUAUCUUUUUCAGCAUCUUUGCGGUCACUAUCCAAAACUCGGCAGACAUCAAAUGUUAUUUAAUGAGAAACUAUGAAGAAAAAGAAGACACCGAGACUGAAUUAGAGGUUUCCAGCUCCACUAACCAAAGUACGGACUUAAACUGUUUGAAAAUCUCAAACUACACUUACAAAGCAGCCUUGACGGUGAAAGUCAAUAUAUUUGAGUUAGUAAGGCUGAAAAUAAAACACAAUAUAAAUGAGACAACACCAUUUGUUUGGUUGCUGGAAAAGAAAAAUCACUCUCACAUCAUAAAGACUUCAAGGUUCAGUAGUAUACUUUGUUUGGAUUUGGGAAGAGUCACCGAAAAGCAAGCUGGAAGAUACAAGCUAUUGAUUCAGCAUAGAAACAUAAAUUACACCGUACACUUUGAAGUCAUAGUAAGAGGUAAGCCACGGAAGCCAUAUUUCACUGCAGAGGGAAACAAGGUGAGAUGUAUAUCAGAGGGGUUUCCUGCUCCCGAGGUCCGAUGGGAAUUUGACACCAGAUGCGAUCACAGGUGUGAAGAUGAAGGCUUGGUGUCAUCAUUCGAGACAGAUAACUACAAAAUUAUGCGAGUUCAGCGUGAAGUAAAAGCCAUAUGUCUUAUGGGUCACAAUGAUACAUGCUGUGCUACUAAUGCAUAUGGUAGAGAGUGUGCUCAGCUACACACAAUAGAUCUUACACCUGGGCAAAGCCAGCCUGAAAUUCUUGUUAAAAUUGGAGAUCCCAUUGUUGUACGGUGCUGGGCUAUCUACGAAUCUUUUAGGUUUGAAAUUAUUGGUUUGGAAAGCCAAACUCAGAUGCAAUGGAACUUAGAAAAGUGCUAUAAUUUCCGGCAUGAAAUGAUACAAGUGUUAUUUGCAUCAACUGCAAAGAUGAUAGAAGGAAGCAACAUAACAAUAUCCUGCUCAUCAAACAAGCAUGAGAACCAUACUGUGCCAAUUACACUAUUCGAUAAAGGGGUUAUUGACAUGGACGUGACAAGUGAGGAGCAGGACAUACACAGCCGGGAAGAACAUUGUUUUGUUGCAGAAUUUAAAGCAUUUCCCCCUGGAAGAUGCAUUUGGAUUCAUCAGUCUAAACCCUCAGAAUGUGCUGUUAUCACUGAAAAGAAUGGAAGAAGUAUAUCUAAAUAUUGCAGCCAUAACUAUGAGCCCGGAGACUCUGUUGUAUUCUAUGCAGACAAUGAUGAUGUCCAGCUUCAGAAAACCUUCACUGUAAAUGUAUUCCAAAAGCCUGAGGUGGAAUGUAAAAUAUCCAAUAUGAAAAACAUUACAUGUCAAUCAUGGGGCUAUCCAUUGCCAAACUGGAAAUGGCUAAGAAGCUAUGAUGAGUUUCAUAACUGCACAGAAGUGAUCACAGAGGGGAUAACAUAUGGAUCACCACAAAGAUCCACAAAGGCCUGGAAAUUCACUAGCUCCCUGAUUCUGGACAAUAACGGGGUAUCUUUUAUCAUCUGCAGUUGUGCAAACAAUUCUGUUGGAAUAACGUGCACUCAGACACUAUACAAUCACCAAGAACAAAAUAAUUUUCUUUUUUCAAUUGCAAGUGGAACUUGUGGCCUCUGUUUCACGAUUGUAACCAUUGUAUUUAUGGUGGUGUUGUGCAAGUACAAGAAGAAAUACAAAUAUGAAAGCCAACUCCUGAUGAUCCAGUAUGUUGGCCCUUCAGACAAUGAAUACAUCUACAUUGAUUUCAGUGUGUUAGAGUAUGACUUAAAAUGGGAAUUUCCAAGAGAGAAUCUGGAAAUUGGUGACACAAUCGGUUCUGGAGCAUUUGGAAAAGUGGUCACUGCUACAGCAUAUGGAAUCAGCAAACCAGGGGUCUCAUUGCAGGUGGCUGUCAAAAUGCUGAAAGAAAGUCCUGAUACUUCAGAAAAAGAGGCCUUAAUGUCAGAGCUAAAAAUGAUGACUCAGAUUGGACAUUAUGAAAAUGUAGUGAAUUUGCUAGGAGCAUGUACCACAUCAGGUCCAUUGUAUCUCAUUUUUGAAUACUGCCCCUAUGGUGAUCUUCUCAACUACUUAAAGUCUAACAGAGAGACAUUUCACAAGACAUGGUCAGAUGUCAUUAAAGACAACACCUUUACUUUUUACCAUAAUUUUAACCAGGAGGAGAAGUUCAGAGACAGACUUGUGACUUCAGUGAGCAACUGCUCCUACAGUGGACUACUUCCUACACCCGACAUAUGUGACAAAGGUCCAUACAAUUGGGACAUGUCUUCUGGACACAUUGAGCUCCUCCAAGCUGAAGAAAUGAAGUACCAAAACACCAGGAAGUACAAUGAAGAGGAUCUGAACAUUCUCACGCUUGAAGAUCUGCUCUCCUUCUCAUAUCAAGUGGCAAAGGGGAUGGAGUUCCUUGAAUCAAAAUUGUGCAUCCACAGAGACCUUGCAGCCAGAAAUAUACUCAUAAGUAGUGGAAAGGUAGCCAAGAUAUGUGACUUUGGACUUGCCAGAGAUGUAGAAAAUGACUCAAAUUAUGUGGUUAAGGGCAAUGCUCGCCUACCGGUUAAAUGGAUGUCUCCAGAGAGCAUUUUUGAUGGACUAUAUACCAUUAAAAGCGAUGUUUGGUCAUAUGGCAUAUUGCUUUGGGAGAUAUUCUCACUUGGGGUAAACCCAUAUCCAGGCAUGCCAGUCAAUGCAAACUUUUACAAGCUCUUACAAAGUGGGUUUAAAAUGGACCAGCCAUUCUAUGCUACGGAUGAAAUAUAUUUCCUGAUGCAGUCCUGCUGGGCUUUCGAUCCAAGGAAACGACCAUCGUUUAAAGAACUGGUUUCUUUUUUGGGAUAUCAGAUUUCAAAUACAGAAUCUGAGCUUUAUCAAAACUCGAAGAACAUCAUUGACAGUUUGUACCAAGAUAACAGCCAGGGAAAACAAAAUGGAUCAUCAGUCUGUGAUCACACCUCUCUUAUAGCUAUACAGUAAAUGGGAACAUUCAAUAUGGUUUGUUUGUA